UUGGGUUAUCCAACACAACACUCGGAAGCAUAUAUUGUAUUCUCGUCCGUUUUAAUAUUGUUAUAGAACAUAGUAUUAAUUCUCUCUCUCUCUUUCUCUCUCGUCGUCUCUCAUCAUGGGAACAAAUGCCGGCUCCGGCCAUAUUCCGGCGUUUGAUCCCCCGAAGAAGGUGAAGAGAAACAAAUAUGCCAUAGCUGCCGCCUUUUUAGCUUCGUUGGCUUCAAUCUUGCUUGGUUACGAUAUUGGGGUGAUGAGUGGAGCGGCUAUCUAUAUCCAGAAGGACCUAAAAAUCAACGACACACAAGUGGAGAUUCUCCUGGGAAUCUUAAACUUGUACUCCCUUAUCGGCUCCGGCCUGGCCGGCCGGACCUCCGACUGGAUUGGCCGCCGGUACACCAUGGUGGUCGCCUCCGUUGUGUUCUUCGUGGGAGCCAUUUUAAUGGGUUUCUCCACCAACUACACUUUUCUCAUGGUGGGGCGUUUCGUCGCCGGGAUCGGAGUCGGUUACGCCCUCAUGAUUGCUCCGGUCUACACCGCCGAGGUCGCCCCCGCCUCCGUCCGGGGCUUCCUCACCUCCUUCCCUGAAGUGUUCAUUAACUUUGGGAUUUUGGUGGGUUACGUGUCGAAUUUUGCAUUUAAGAAUUUGCCAGCUCACUUGAGCUGGCGAUUCAUGCUCGGAGUGGGAGCGAUUCCGUCGGUGUUGCUCGGCGUUAGUGUGUUGGCGAUGCCGGAGUCGCCGCGGUGGCUGGUGAUGCAGGGUCGCCUGGGAGACGCGCGGCGCGUGCUAGUCAAGACUUCCGAUUCCACGGAAGAAGCUCACAUGAGGCUCGCCGAUAUUAAAGAAGCCGCCGGGAUACCGGAGCACUGCGACGAUGAGGUGGUUACGGUGACGAAGAAGCGGAGCGACGGGGACAGCAUAUGGCGGGAGCUUUUCAUUUCCCCGACGCCGGCGGUUCUUCAUAUACUUAUCACCGGAGUGGGAAUUCAUCUCUUCCAGCAAGCGAGUGGGAUAGACGCCGUGGUUCUAUACGGGCCUAGAAUCUUCGAGAAGGCCGGGAUUAAGUCCAAUACCGACAUUCUCCUCUGCACAAUCGCCAUCGGAUUCACGAAAACGGUCUUCAUCCUGGUCGCGACAUUCACGCUCGACAAAUUCGGUCGGCGGCCGUUGCUCCUAACGAGCGUGGGCGGGAUGGUCGCCACGCUGGCGCUCCUAGGCACGGCGUUGACCGUGAUUGACCACUCCCAAGAAAAAGUAACCUGGGCGGUAGCAAUGGCCAUCGCAAUGACCUUAGCCUACGUGGCAGCCUUUUCGAUCGGCGCGGGGCCCAUUACGUGGGUGUACAGCUCGGAGAUAUUCCCGUUGAAGCUCCGCGCCACGGGGUGCAGUCUAGGAACGGGAAUCAACCGCGUAACAAGUGGAGUGGUGUCAAUGACGUUUAUAUCCCUAUACAAAGCCAUCAGUAUAGGUGGGUCCUUCUUCUUGUACGCCUCCAUCGCCGCCGUGGGGUGGGUGUUCUUCUUCACGCUAAUGCCGGAGACGCAGGGAAGAACGCUGGAGGAGACGGAGGCGUUGUUUGGGACAUUCUUUAGGUGGAGGUCAAGGCAGAGGGAGGUGGAUGCCAAGAAGGCUAACAACAACAAUAAUUCACAACUUCAAAUGGGAACCCUUCAGGCUGCUAAUAAUAAGUAGACUUUUAAUUUAGUACAACUUAUAUGCUGCGUGGCUAAUGUUAGUAGAGAUUAAGGUUAUUUUACGUACUGCCCUGCUCAGCUCGCUGCUGUAUCAUGUUAUGAUAUUCCUAGUAUUUUAAUUUACUCCCUUAUUUAGUAUUUACUGCCCAUCAUACAUCGUAUCACAUAAGAUGAUAUAUUGGGGCCAUUUACUUUGAAAGUCCCUUCAGAUGUUUGGGUCAUUGAUUGGAUGCUGAACAACAGAAUUUCAGAAUGUAAGUAAAUUAUAAUAAGAGAAUUCUGAAGUUUUAAUUAGUUUCUCAAA